CUUUGCUAAAUGAGCUUGUCGGAGCGGGAUGACGCCAAUAUGAAUCCCUUCAAUUGUCGGCGUUUUCUACGUUAAGAAACCACAGAAAGCAAUGGCGCCUGCACACCCACUUUGCACUUCCAUCCGCGCAGCGUGUUCUGCUCGGAGCGUCAAGUAUUUCCGUCGCGUAAUGGCUAACAUCUACUUGCUAGCUGUCCGACCAGCGUGCGUUUCCGCGUCGGGCUUUCACGCUCCCUUUCCCGGCCGACUAGUUCAGACGGAAAGACAGACAAACGGGGUGGCUUAGUGUGUUUAAAAAGGGCUGCAGCUCGAAAUGUUCUCCGAUGACAGCAGCCAUUUGAGAAGCUGGGUCGUGGCAGAGGGGAAACCACCACCGGACACACGAGCGGGUUUCGACUGCCGGACAACGAGUAGGCAGCUGGCGUUUCCAUCUUCGGUGAAUCGAGAGGAUGGUGGAGUCAUGAGAGUGAGGCUGUAAAGGAGGUCACAGGAGCAGGCUGGAAGACAAGUGGGAAGCCAGGCAAGCAUGCUGGAGGCAGAGUCAGAUGCAGAUGUGGCAGGUGCAGCGCUGGCAGGGGACGAGGUUGCCGGGAUGGAGAGCGCAGACCUCAGAGCUGAAGUGGUACGCCUGACUCUCGAGCUCCAGGAGGCCACAGAGGAGAAGCUGCAGGCCGCCCGCUAUGGCCUGGUGGUGCUGGAGGAGAGUUCAGCCCUCAAGAUCAAAAAUCAGCAACUGGAAGAGGAGCAUGAAGCCCUCAAAGUGGAACUGCAGCAGCUCAAAGAGGCCUUUGCAGAUUCUGUGAGUAGCCAGAAGCGCGCAGCCGCGGAUGGAGAAUGCCGGGAGGAGAGUCUGCUGCAGGAGACGGCAUCGAAGGAGGCUGCCAUGGCAACGCGUUUGGAAGAAGUCCAGGGAGAACUCAAGCAAGCACGACUGGCACUCGGAAAUGCCCACGCGGAGAUUGAAAGGCUUGGGGUUGUCUCAACUCAGCUAAAGAAGGACUGUGUGUGUUUGGAGGCAGAGAAAGGGCACCUGAGGGAUGAGAUGAAGGAAUUUAAAGUGCGAGAGCUGCGCCAAUUGCAGGACAAUGGCGAGCUGGAGGAAGAGAACACAUCUCUUCAAAAGCAAGUGUCUGUGCUCAAGGAAAACCAGGUGGAGUUUGAAUCAUUAAAGCUUGAGCUGAACCAAAAGAACGAAGAGCAAGAGGAGCUGCGGGCCCAGAUGGAGGAGGCCGCGAGGCUGCGGGAGAUUGCUGAGCAUCAGUUGGACGAGGUCCUGGAAUCCUUGAAGGAGGAGAGGGAGCAGAAAAACAGUCUCCGCCUAGAACUCUCGGCUUUGACUCUGAACCCUUUUGAUUCUCUGGGCAACCUGGAGCUCCACUUGGACCAUCUGGAUGACAGCCAGGAGGAGGGCCGCACGGGAGAGUCUGACGUUCAGGCAAACGACCAGGACGCCGGUCCCAAUUCGGCUCACGUGGGCGACGCCAAAACUAAUGGCGUCACGCAACGUUAUGCCACUCCACGUAACAGUGACAUAUUUCUGCGCGCUCCAGCUUCUGGGCUUGUUUCCGACCUCCUGAGUGAGCUCCACUUUUCAGACAGCCAGAAACUUAAACAGCAACUCCUUCAGGCGGAAAGAGAGAAGUCAAGUCUUGUCAGCAAGGUGGAAGAAUUGCAGAUGCAGCUGGUGAUGUCCAAGCAAGCACUGAGUCAGCACGAGGACAAAGUUGGAUCUCUCACCCAACAGCUGGAGGCUAUACAGAGCGGCCAACAGAACAACCAGGAGGCAGACGAAGAGGAGGCCAAGACUGCGGACGCUGCUGACGCCGUCUUUGACUACGAGGUCGACACAAAGAGCAAAGAAGUGCUGGAGGCACGUAUGCGUUCGGCCAGCGAAGAGCUUCUGAAGCUGCGGGAUGAACUGUCUCAAGCGGGCACUCGCUAUAACACCCUGGAACAACGAUACAAACAGGAGAAGGACCGAUGGCGAUCGGAGGCCCAGGAGCUGGCUGACAAGAUUCGCCAGUGCAUCAAGUCCAGCAGACAGGACCAGGAGCGGAUCAGUGAACUGGAGGUUGAGAUUGGAGCCACACGCAAAGUGGCCAGCGAUUCUGAAGGCCAUCUGAGCGUGGCGCAGGAAGAGCUGCUCGCCUUUUCUGAGGAGCUGUCCAACCUCUACCACCACAUCUGCGUGUGCAACAACCUGACACCCAAACGGGUCACGCUGGACUAUUACCGUGAAAGCGCCAGGGCACAUGGCGGAGCUGGUGCAAGAAGGCCGCUCCACAUCUCCACCCCGCCUAACUCCCAGAAGAAGGCACGCGCCAAUGACACCUUCAUCUCCAAAGCUGCGGCAUUGCAGUUUAUGGGCGAGGUGGACAGUUCAGGGUCCUCCGUCGACUCUCCUAGUUGCCCCGGUUCCCCCAAUCUGGAUUUCAGGGACCCCUCCAAUGUCCGCAAUUUGGUUGCGGUCAUCAGAUGCCAGAUCAAACACCUCCGGGUGGCAGUGGACCUCUGUCGCCAGCGAGGUGCCAUGCCUUACUCGGGGCUGAGUAGCAGUGUGGAGAUGGAGAGGGAUGCUGAAAGCCUGCUGGAGGAAGUACUCAAGCUCAAGUCCCUUCUUAGCACCAAGCGAGAACAGAUUGCUACUCUCAGAACGGUGCUCAAGGCCAACAAACAGACGGCUGAGUUGGCUUUGUCCAAUUUAAAAAGCAAGUAUGAGACCGAGAAGAGCAUGGUGUCUGAAACCAUGAUGAAACUCCGCAAUGAACUCAAAGCAUUGAAAGAAGAUGCAGCCACCUUCUCUUCACUCCGAGUCAUGUUUGCUAGUCGGUGCGACCAGUAUGUCACCCAGCUGGAUGAAAUGCAGAGGCAGCUAGCAGCCGCCGAGGAUGAGAAGAAGACACUGAAUUCCCUGCUUCGCAUGGCCAUCCAGCAGAAACUGGCUCUCACUCAGCGCCUGGAGGAUCUGGAGGCCCCCCACUCUCCUCACAGCUUGAACAGCAGCCCUCGCCGCUCCAGAGCCAAGGAGCUGGCCACCAAGUCGGGACGGGCGCCACGCAGCCCCAGAAACAGUCCGGCGCGCGCGCCCCUGAGGAGCAGCCCUCGCGCUAGUCCCGUUCUGGGGAGCAGCGUUCCCGCCAUGGCCACGCACCACCUGCGAGCUCUCACGCGAAGCCUCCACACAAGCCCACGCUGAAACACUCCAUUACACCUACCCCUGUCUUCUCCGCAAGGACCCGUCUUCAUGUUGACUCCCCGGUUCCCUCCUCCCUUCCUGCCUCAAGACAUCCUGUUCAUCCCAGAUGUGCUGCUGCUUUCCCCGCAGAGAUGGACUUUUAAAAAGUAAAAUACGGCUCUCAUCCGACUCGCUUGCAUGCAGCCUGGAGGAGGAUGAAGAGAAAUAUGCGCUGCUUAUUCUUACUCUUAAUAUUAUUAAGUGAAGUCAUUGACUGUGUCGUGUCCUACGUGGUCCCAACUUCCAUCUGGUCUUGUUUAUCAAGGCUGUGUUGUGAGUUACCAUCGGCAGUAUUUAUUCCAUUCAUCUACUGUGUUGACUGUCCUUCCAUUCAAGCCAAAAUCUCCUUAAGUGAGAUACGUCUUUGCAAUCUUGCCUUCAGCUUAACCAUGUGACCCCCGCGUCCCUGCCCCAAGUUUGUGUUUUACACAGCAAUGCAGCCUUACUGACACUGUUAUUCUCCUAUAAGUCACGAGCUUGUUGUUAUUUAUCUCGGGGCUCCUUCAUUAAACAAGCGUUCCAAUCACAUUUUGAAAAUGUGUUUGGUUACGCUUCUGUGGCCUGACCCACAAACCUCUGAACUAGUUGUCUGCAAACAAUCUUUUCUUGAACAGUGAGCCAUAAAGUUUUCCACCUCAGGUAGAAAAUCAAUGAAUAAAUAAAUACAUCAUUGUGAUACAUUAUAAGGAAAAUCUUAGAUGCGCAUUUUAUUUUGCAGGCAGUUUGCAAUCUGACAUGCGCCAUUGCUGGUAAAAGUCAUGAAGGUUCUCCCACAAUUUGCAAUUCGUCAAAAGUUGUAGCAGAGUUGUUAAGUGCAAGCUUUCACUUUCCUGACUCCAUUCAUAAAGCUCCGUCGAGCAAAUGUUGCUCAUUUCUCGGCUGUAUUUUAUGUCCAGAGUCUCCCAUCUGCCUUUUCUCCUGCCUCUGAACAUCCAAGAUGUUGCUUGAUGUGCAUUUAGAGGAGAUGUGGUGUCACCAUCUAGGUCAGGAAAAGUAACUUCACUUCCGUCCACUGAGAAGACGACUUGAGGCAAACAAGCAAGCCCUCUUGACAUUUCAUGUGUCGCAAAUGUCCACAAUUCACUUUCGCCAUGUUAACAAGAACAUUUCCGAUGUUAAUUAGGGAUAUUUGCAACAGAUUUGUAGAUAUCUGUAGCUCGAGUUUGCGAUUUAAUAAUGAAUUUCCCUCAAGUCAAGCAUCUCUCUGCAUGUCCCUUUUCAGAUAGAAUGACCAUUCAAAAGGAUGUAGAUAUCUCAAAUUGGAGUAAGAUAUCUAAUAACUAAAUGGGUGAUAUCUCUAAUUCAGUUUUGAAUAGCUCUAUCUGUUGAUUCAGUGGUAGAGGGGUUCUCUCCCAACAAACGUUGAGGGUUCGAUCCCCGGCCAAUGUGACCAUGUCCAAGUGUCCUUGAGCAAGUUACUGAACUCCCCAUUUGCUCCUAAUGCUGCGUCAUCACUUGGUAAAUGAGGUAAUCGUGCUUUGGUACCAAAGGUAGAAAAGCGCUAUACAAGUGAAAGUCCAUUUAGUAGUCACAAUUACUUAAUAGAUAUCUAGAAUUAAAAAAAAAAAAUACAACUGCGGUAUUCCAAAUGUGCUUUCAACUAGUCAGGGAGAAGUUACAGAUAUCUACAAUUUUAAUUCUGGAUACUCAAACUCAAUUUUUAAAUGAUGAUUCCGCUUGCCAUUCUAUAUAUAUGACAUGCAAUAUUUUCCGUUCGAAGUGCUGAGCGAGCUGUGGACUGUUUUGCGGUCAAGUUUAGUGUUUCCCUGUUGCCCAGCAUGUCUGACUUUUAAAAUAAAUACAUGGAAGAAAAUAGAAAUGUUUCUUUGUUGACUGGAGCUCAGUUAGCAUUGGCCUCAAAAAUCUGAGAACAGAUCACGAAAUGCAGUAAAAGAUAGACUAGACACACAGUAAAUGUACAUGUUGACACGUCACAAUUAUUCACCUGGGAAUAACUGUUACAAAAAAAAACGAGUGCAAAGCCACUAGAGGCCACCUCCUGUUAAUUUUCUUUUAUUUGUGCCUUUUGUUUUUGUCUGCUGUUUGAGACUACUGUUUUUUUUUUCAACGUAUCACUGGAGCUUAUGAAUUGUUUUUGUCAUUUAAUCCUGUAAAUGAAGACCACGUGUUCCACUUCAUCACAUACAAUAAUUGCUAUGCGAAUGGUGUGAUGGGUUUGUGUCAGAACUUUCACCCAUGGGAUUUUUUUCCCCCUCAACUACUGUACUGCCAUCAUUGCACUCAAAUGAUUUGAGAGAUCAAAUUGAGAUUCUGGUAACUUCGAACUGAAAUGGUCACCUAGAGUUGUAAAGAACAGAAGAAUCAAUCUGUUCAAUUGCUUCUGAAGCACCAACACAAACUUGCAGUUCACCACAUUUGUUUCCAGGUCACCACCCACUGGAGGAGGUGGCAAAUGAUUCAUUUUCCAGAGCAACCAGGCUUUUUUUUUUUUUUUUAAAUUGUAGAUUGUCCCACAUAAACACGUGAACCAUCACUCCAUUUGUUUUUGUUGCACUUGAAGAUUUAGAGUAGCCUCCUUUAAUAUAACUUUGCAAUACUGAAGUUUGAAGUCUCUUUUCCCCCCAUGAAGUGGAAACUGCGCAGCACUGAAUAUACAGUAGUAGAUUUGAAUAUUUUCACUUUUCACCACUUUGCUUUGGGUGUGUUUUUGCUGACAAAGCAAUGACUGACGAAGUGAAUGAUCUCUAUUUAUAUAUGUUGAAUCCAUUGUGAUCCUGAUUACACACAAGAACGAAAGGCAUGGGAAGCAUUUUUAGGUACAAUGGAAGGAUAUUUGCUUCGAGGGGGGACUUGGUUUUAUUAAUCUGUGCAACUUGUAGCUAAAAAGUGAAAAUAUUUGACAAGAGUGUUCGAACUUUUGAAGGCAAAAUGGAUUUGUUAUUCUAUUUAAUUAAAUCAACGUAAUUUAAUUUCUAUUGUGGAUUUUUUUAGCUGUAUUUAUGUGCUCUGGUUUCUGUAUAAAUAGCCCAAGUGCAUCAUGCGCACACUCCUGAAGUUUUGUUUGUAGUCCAGUCUGUUCAUUCUCCUGCAAACCAGAAUAAAGCAAACCAACACUGUACAGUGUUGUACACCAAUUGAA